ACGGUGAUAAGUCUAUCGUUACUAAUCGUGUCCAAUUUUUUGCUUGCAGAAGUCCGCGCCCUGUCCGCCGAGCCCGACUUUCGGCAGGUCUCCCUACACUGGCUGUACCCGCGCAUGGCCUCCGAUGUCUUCGCUUUCCGAGUGGACUACUGCGAGCUGCAGGCGUGGGGCGUCAACCGGUGUCGCGCCAAGAUGGUGGACGCGCCCCCGAGGCCGGCGGUCACCUCCGCGCGGGCGGCACUGCGGGACGGCGAGGAGCUGUCCGAGUACGGCGCCGUGGUCACCGGGCUCCGCAUGGCCACCAACUACACCUUCAGCGUGACGCCCGUGGAAGGGCGGCUGCAGUCGCUGCAGCAUCUGCCCCCGUACGCCCGGAACAGGCACGCCAGGACCAUCAUGGCGCCCACCAAAGGCUUCUCCGCCCGGGCGACGCUGUGCCUGCCGGACGUGUCCGAGGUCGAGGUGCACACCGGCCCGCACUUCAGCGGCCGCAUCGCGGUGGAGGCCAACGAGCAGGAGGCGGCGCCGCCGCCGCCGCCCUGGAGGCGCGAGGCCCCGGGCCUUGCCCCGGGCCCGGAGGAGCCGCGCGGACUCAGCGGCCUCGGCGCGCGGCCCGUGGACGAGCCCUGCGCCGUGGCGGGGGACGCGUCCAGCCCCCGCGAGUCCUACACGCUGCGCAUCGACCACCGGCGCUGCGGCAGCCACGUGAACCGCUCCACGGUGGCCACCUUCAUCCUGGUGCAGGAGAACCUGCCCAUCCUCACGCACUCCACGAGGCGCUUCCUGGUGCUGUGCACCUUCCAGCCCGACGCGCUCAUCGUGCGAGCCGGGAUCAGCUUGCCCACAGUGCACGGCGAACAUCGCAACCGCGAGGACCUGGCGGAGUCCGCUCACGGCAACCAGCUCGGGGGCGGCGGCCGCGGCGGGGUGGCGACCGGCGUCGGGGCGGGGCCCGCGGAGGUCAUGGCCUACCAGCUGCAGGGCGAGGAGGACCUCAAGGGGGACGCGCUGGGGCUGGCCUCGGGCGGCAACGGCGUACCUUCGGGCCGCCAGCAGCGACGGCACGCCGGCCGGGCGCUCGGGCUGGGGCUCAGCCCAGACUCGGCGGAGAGAGGCUCUCCGGACGAGACUCGUGAGGUCCAGCUGGUGCUGACGAGCGUCCUGCUGGUGGUCGGCGUUGUGCUUUGCGCCAUCACGGCCUGGUGGUUCGCGCCCCGGAGAAAACGGACCCGUUCCAUUGCCGACGACGCAUUGACGGAUGACUCGGCGUCUGUAUACCAGAACUACGAGAACUCGCUCCGCGACUCGGACUGUUCCAGCCUGGGCACCGUCGGCACGGUGAACAGCAGCAUCCUGAGCUCGCUGUCCCGCCACCACUGGGCCACGGCCGCCCUCGCCGCGGACCUCGGCGCGGACGCCAGUGCGCGCGAGAAGGCCGCCACCAAGGCCGCCACCAAGGCCACCUCCUUCCCCGACGAUGAGUUCGGGGAGGUGUGGGGUGGCGGACACCCCGAGGUCGAGGCGCCGCCGUCCAGCCUGGUGUUUGCCAUACGCCUCCCCAACGCGGCCGGUGUGCCGCCGGUCCUCCCUCGCCUCACGGCCCCCGUCGUCGUGCCGAGCGACAAGAAGCUGCCCACGCCGCCGGUGGACUCCUCGUCCUCAUCGGCGUGCUCCGUUUCUAUCGGAGGGCCGGAAAGUCUCUCCUCCCAGUCGGAUGCAUAAACCCACCGUUCCUACUUCCCACGGACUCCCAUCAAAAUUGUUUAAAAAUAAUUUUAAAAAAAAUUAGUGUAGUGCAAUAUCGUAAUUAAGAGAACAUAUUGUGAUAAGUCAGUUGAGCAGAUGGUGUGUAUUGCUUGUGAUAAUAGCCUCUGAAGAGGUCAAUUUACUUUUUAAAGCCCUGAUUGCGAAAAGGAGAACCAACAAAAAUUAUUACCUGUAGCUAUUAUAGCAAUGGUUGCAGUGGUGCAUACAACUAUAGUUUAGUAAUAUGCAAUGUAUUCCAGUGUGCCUGAGAAACUGCCAUCCAUUGCAACUUUUCUUUUUAGUUCAUUUUCUAUUUAAAUAAUAAGAAAUCAAGACAGAUCUACAAGAUGCCAGUAUCCUCUCCAUUAUCUUUGGCCUCGGGAAUAUUCUGGAGGAAGUCAACUCCUGAAUCUAUUAUUUGGUAAUUGGGUGUUGGACAUCUGUUGUACAAAUAUUAGAUAUUUGCCAAUUUGUUGCCUUCAAGUGGUUUGAUGUAAACUUUCUUUUUCCUAAUCUAACAAACAAAUAUCUUCCCAUAGAUAAUGGAGAAUUUACUUUAAAUUCUGUAAUCUCCUGUGCAUACAUAUCUUUGAUGACAAAUAAAAUAUCAGUUACAUG